GAUAUAAAAACACCAAAACCUUUUCUUUAGCCUUCGCCUUCGGGACGAAUUAAUAAAACAAUUUAGACAUUAUUAUUAAUUAAGUAAGUAAUUAACACUGUAAUAAAGAAAGAAACAAAGAAGAACAAUACAUAAAUAAAUACAGUUUUUUCUCUAAAUCGCCACCACCCACCCCGCACACACAGGUUUGGUUUCAUGGUGUGAGCUAGAUAGAGAUCUCAGUGUGUUUUGGGGAUUAGAUAAUGUUACCGGAGAGAAGAAGUACGGUGGUUUCUUCUACUUCAUCAUCUUCUUCGUAUCUGAAUCCAUCUGGUCACAAUGAUAAUUCUUUUUUACUUCUUCGAAGAGGCAAAAAGUUUGGUAGGAUUGUGAAAUUGAAGCUCUCACAUUUCUUCUUCUUCUUUCUGUCACUCUUUUUCUUCUCUUGCAUCUUCUCUGGCCACAAGCUACUCUUUCAUGGUUCUGAGUUCUUACCUCAUUUUGAGCAAAACCAUGCAGCUUACAUGAAAAGUCAAUUGCUGGUUUCAUCGGAGAUUAAUGUAGGAUUAAACAAGUCCAACAUCGACAAACCACCCGGAAGCAAGAAGAGAAACAAGCAUUUGCCUUGUGAAGUUACACUUGCUGAAUCUGUUGAUCACAUACUUGAGCCUCAGGAUUAUUUGAAUUUCACGCGGUUUUCGUUAGGCUUUGUAGAGGCUGAGACGUAUAAUGAGCCUAGGUUUGGAGGGCAUCAAACACUCAUGGAAAGAGAGAGAUCUUACUCUGCAGUAAACCAGACAAUUCACUGUGGUUUUGUCAAAGGGAGUAAUGCAUUUCAUCAAGGUACUGGUUUUGAUUUGAGCGAAAAGGAUAGGGCGUACAUGAAGAACUGUGUAGUCUCUGUGUCUUCUUGCAUUUUUGGAAGCUCUGAUUUUCUAAGGAGACCUGCAAGCAAAAAGAUCAGUGAAUUCUCGAAGCGAAAUGUGUGCUUCGUGAUGUUUGUGGAUGAGCAAACACUAUCGAAACUUGCUAGUGAAGGGCAUGUUCCAGAUAAGCAAGGAUUUGUUGGUUUGUGGAAAACUGUAGUUGUGAGCAAUUUGCCUUAUUCUGACAUGCGAAAGACUGGAAAGGUUCCGAAAUUUCUGUCACAUCGCCUUUUUCCUUCUUCUAGGUAUUCCAUUUGGUUAGACAGUAAGAUGAGACUCACUACAGAUCCUAUGCUUAUAAUUGACUUCUUCUUAUGGAGAACAAAAUCAGAAUUCGCAAUCUCCAACCAUUAUGACCGGCACUGUGUUUGGGAUGAGGUGUUACAGAACAAACGGCUGAACAAGUACAACCACUCGGCCAUUGAUGAACAGUUUAUGUUCUACCAGUCAGAUGGACUUAAGAAAUUUGACCCUUCAGAUCCUAAUUCUCCUCUUCCAAGUUAUGUACCUGAAGGUUCUUUUAUUGUAAGAGCCCAUACGCCAAUGUCAAACCUCUUCGCCUGCCUUUGGUUCAAUGAAGUUGAUCGGUUUACCUCACGGGAUCAGUUGAGUUUUGCAUACACAUACCUAAAACUUCAGAGACUGAAUCCAGAUGGACCUUUACGCCUGAACAUGUUCAAGGACUGUGAACGUCGAGCAUUAACUAAGCUUUUCCACCAUCGCGUAGAUUAAUCGCCUCCUUCACCUCCUGCUAGAUUCAUUGAGUGAAGAUAGUUUUCUACAAUUUGAAGGAGAUGAAAGAUGAAAGAGUAACCUAAUUGACAUUGUGUAUGAGCCAAGAUAGAAACUUAGUAAGUUUACACACAAUUCACUGCCGAUAUACCAAAAGAGGCAUAACUACUGUACUAGUUGCUGCUUAUAAAAGGUUAAGGAGACGCAACAACUAGAGAUUAGGAUCUCUUUGUUCCUCAAGUUUUGCUGUUUUAUAUGUAUAUUCACAUCAGUGUCAAAUUCGUUUAUGGAUUUGAAUAGUUUAAGAAGUUCACUUAAAUCAAACUCGAAGAAACACAUGUACCAAUUCUGAAAACUUCUAUUUGAGAACUUAUCAUUUUUUAUUAUUA